AUGAUUACCCAUUGGACGCUGAUGGUGUUGGUGUCGUUGGCGAUUUCCGGCCCGUACAAGGCACUAGCCCGACCGAUGGAACCGGAAGCGCCGGCGGAACUGUACAGCAAGCUGGCCGAGGAGUUCCAGCGGUUCCACAACCAGGAGAUCCGCUUCCUGCAGUAUUUGUCGGUGCAGGCGGAACGCCAGCAGCGCGAGGAAAACUAUCUUCAGCAGCAGCGCGAACAGCAGCAGCAACUGCUCGAUUCUCGCAACUCCCUGCUGGAGGACGGUUCGAUACUGGACGAGUUACGGCCGGAGUUUGGCGUGGACAACCCGAUGGCGGCGGUGGACGAUAGCAUCGUGUCCAACAAUGGACGUGCUCUGAACGGCUUCGGUCAUGACGUAGUGGCUCAAACGGAACCGGCGCAGAAGGAAGCCCCGCACCAGAAGAGCAAAAACGAAAAGAGAAAUCACCACUACAUGUCCUUGUGCCAUUUCAAAUUGUGCAACAUGGGACGCAAGCGUAACCAACGAUUUCCGCAAUUCUGGAACUAA